AUGUCACUGCCAAUCACUUCGGCUGAUAUGACUCGAUUUGAGUUGACACAAGUACGUGACAUGUGACAUUCUAGCUCCUCCGUCACCUUCCCAUGGAGCUAGAGACAGUGAAGGAGCAUCGCAUCCUGCGGGCCGACAAGCUGCGGGCGGAUGAGGUGCCAAUCAGUCCACGGCGUUUUCAGCAGAUCAAGGCCAACUGCAUUCGCGUCCAAGAGGAGAUUGAUGCCCAGCUGAAGACGUUGCAACGUCGGCAGCGCCCUGCCGCACUCCACGACGGCGGCGCGCGCGGUGCGCGGCACGUCAGCCCGAAGCGAAGGCGAACGCCGAAAGGUUCCGGUGGCUCACUGCAGGACCGGCUCCGGCGGAAGAUCGCGCUGCGCCGCGCGAGCUCCGAGCCGCUGCUGGACGCCGCUCCGCUCGUGCCGCCAGGGGGCUCGGUGGCGCUGGAGCUGCAGCGGGAGCUGGGGAAGGGGCCUUUGAAGCCUGAGGAGCUCUCUCGCUUCCUGGCCGCCCGGGAGUCCUCCCGCGCCCGCGCCGCUCGGUCGCUUCCGGGCGGCGGCGGCUCGGCUCCGGCGUCGCGGCCGUCCUCGGCGGUGGACUUCGUGACGCGGAACCGGCGGAGUGCCACGGACUUCCAGUGGCAGCAUCGAGUGCAGCUGGAGAUGCAGAACCUCAGGCGCUGUGCGCGGACAGACCUGGCGAAGAAGAAGCGCCAGAUGCAGCUGGAAGAGAUGCACCGGGCAGCGGCGGAGGACUACCGGAACCGUUUCUUCCGCGGGGAUGGAAGCACCUCCGCCGGGCGAGGGCUGCGGCUCCAUGGCGCGGAGGAGGCGGAGGACGAGGCCCGUGUGCAGCUGGCCCUGGAGAAUUUGGCCAAGUACAUGCCUAGCAAGGUCAUGAAGCUGUUCACCAGGCUCUUCGAUCAGGAGACGCUCUUCCAAAUCUUCAGUGGAGAAGUGGCUGACAACAUGGCGAUGGCCUGCAGGCUCUAUGCGCUGGUACGGCGCCUCAUCAGCUGGUCUCGGACCUGGAAGAAGAAGAAGGCGGCGGAGGUCUUGCAGGGCUUCAUGUCCAUCCCGCCGCCCUUGGGAUUUCGAGUGAAGCUGCCGAUCCAACGCUAUGUGCGGCGGCUGAAGGCGCUGCAACGGACCUGGAGGCGCUUUCAGUGGCGCCUGCGCUCCCUUACGAAGCACGUCUAUGAGCAGAUGUGGUUCAAACAAGAGAACGAGCUCUUAGAAGACAUUUUCAUGUUCUGCCCUGGCGAUCAUGCCACCAUUGUCACCUGCCCGAAUCUGCUUGGGGACGAGCCGGAGACCUACAACCUGCCCAGCAAGGAGCACAAGAAGGGGGAAUCGCCCUUGAUGUUUGGGAGGCCCAAAUCGGCCAAGAGAGGAGGAAUGGGUACCGAGGACAUGAUGAAGAAGCUCUUGCUGGAUGCCUUCAGCAACAAGAAGCGAGAGAGCCAAUUUCGGCCGCAGGUGGCGAAGAGCAUCAUCCGCCGAGAGCUUUUGGAACGCCUCUACAACCAUGCCCAGCGCUUGCCUGUUGGAGUCUCCUGGCAGAAGGCGCCCUUCUCGAAGAGCUCCACGCGAGCUGCGAGCCGUGGUCGUGGACUGGUGAGCUUCGGUUUUCCGCGGGCGGUGCUCCUGACGCGACGGGACCUGCAGGAGUUGAUCUUUGCCGCGCACCGCGCUUGUGGGGUUUGCCCCACACUGGAGGACCGCUGCGAUGCACUCUUGCCCUGCCCAGCUUGGCGAGUGAAGUCCUUGAAGAAGCUGCUGGGCCCCGGGCGGACCUUGCGCGAGGGCAUCCUGGACCUGCGAACCGCCAGCGAGCGGCCGCGGAACUCCACCACCAGUUCAGCUUCCUCUGCAUCACAAGGCCAAGGGCAGGGCUCGUCCCGUCCAGAAAGUGCUGGCAGCCUGGCUGGGGCGCGUCGUGGGGCGUUUGCUCAGGCUGGAUCUGAGAAGCCGCCCAGGGAUGUGAGCUCUCUCACAGGUGCAAUGCUAGCGCUGCAUUUGCUGAAAAACCGUCGUAGACGCUCCUCAGAAGGUCUCUCCGAAGAUCUUUCCUCACAAAGUUCUGUGGAAAGCCAAGGUCCUGAAGACGUGGUCGACGCUGCUUUGGUCUAUGACCGGAAGGCGCUGAUGGCCGAGGUCGAGGAACCGCCCUCGCAGCGGCCCUCGGCGGACUUGGCCACCGUGGAGGCUGGUUGGCCUUCGGCUUGGCGCUUGUGGAAUCUUCAGGAGAUGUUGGAGGAUUGACCUGUGAGAUUUCCUGCACCUUCGAUGGGUGGUUUAGUGCGCCGCCAGCGUGAAGCAGUUUGUGUUUUAGUGCAAGC